AGAUGAGAGAUCGAUUGAUGAUGAUGCAUUUGUGAGGAAGUUCGAUCUGACUCAAGACUGCAUCUCGCACCUUUCAGCGAUCACCUCGUCCAAGCACUCAUCCUAGAGACAGAAUUCUCUCUUCUCCACCAAAAGCUCAACAGCCGACAAGCCGUUGCAGACUCACGCAUACACCUGCUUCUCAUUCUUCUCACGCCGUCACAUUCUCAUCAGCCUCCCACCGCAUCGCACUGCACUUGAGCCUUUGCUAGUCACAAACAACGUCGUGGCAUAUUCGCGGCUUAUUCUCAGCACAACAUCAUGUCUUCCUCCACCGCUGUCGCCAAUGGCAGCGCCGGUAACGGGGCACCAGCAGGUGGUGCUGCCGCGCCUGCCUCUUCGGGUACCAAGCAGACCGUUCAGCCUUCCGAAGUUGGCUGGCUCUUCGUCCCUCAAUACUACACCUUCCUGAACCAGAAUCCGGAACGCUUGCACUGCUUCUACACCAAGAAGAGUACACUCAUUCACGGGAACGAGCUGGAGGAGGUGCAGCCUUGCUUUGGACAACAGGAAAUUCACAACAAAAUCUCUUCCUUGGGUUUCGAGGACUGCAAAGUCUACGUGUCCAACGUCGACUCUCAAUCUUCCAUCUCCGGCGGCAUUGUCAUUCAGGUUCUAGGCGAGCUAUCGAACAAAAAGGGUCCGUGGCGCAAGUUCGCUCAGACUUUCUUUCUAGCGGAGCAACCCAAUGGCUACUACGUCCUGAACGACAUCUUCCGUUUCCUAAGCGAGGACGAUGAUGCUCGCGAUGACAUUGCACCCGAGGAAGCCGAUGCUGUUGCUGCUCCCAACGGCGCCGUCUCUGCUGCUCCUGCCGAGGAGGCUGCUCAGCAAUCGCCCGGAGAUGCGCCGAUUCCUGCCCCUGCAGCGGCAGUUUCCGAGCCCGCUGGCGAAGUAGAAGCUGAAGUGGCGGCUGUCGCUGCUGAUGCUGCAGCUCCUGCAGUCGCUCCGGACACUGACGAGGCUGGCGCUGCCCCGGCCCCUCCACCUGCCGAGGGAGCUGGGGCAGAGCCGGCUGGCGUUGCUGCCGCUGAAGCUCAGCAGGAACAGCCGGUCGCCAGCGCUCCCAUCGAACAGCAGACGGAGCCUGAGUCUGCGGAGACUAAGCCUGCUGCGCCUUCCGCACCCAAGACCUGGGCCAAUCUCGCUGCAGCCAACGUCAAAGGAUGGGGGUCGACCGCUUCGGAGAGCCGCGGAGUCUCCACUUCUCGACCUCCUGCCAACGUAUCCACCCCUGCCACCGCCACGACCAACAACGCCCGACCUCAGGCUGCGAAUGGCACCCGAACUUCUGGACAGCAGCCUGGCACCUCUGGUACCUCUGCUCCGCAGAUCCAUGGAGGCGUCUUCAUAAAAAACGUAAUUAUGGAUCAGAUGCCCGAGGAGGGAUUGCAAGCUGCGUUAGAGAAGCAAUUCGGGCCUAUGAGGGAGUGUCAAAUCAUCCCUUCGCGAGCUUGCGCUUUUGGAGAGUUUGUCAGCGCAGAGCAGGCACGUCGUGCCAUCGCCAUGAGCGUUCGCGUGUCGGAAGGAGGACAGGGCGGUGUGCCUGUGGGGAACAACGGCUGGACUGUCACUGUCGAGGAGAAACGCAAGGUAGGCGACAGACCUCCUCCCACCAAUCGUGGUCCCAUUCGCGGUACUGGACAAGGAGGUGAUCGUGGU